UUGCUACGGAAACGGGUAGACGCUACCCGACGGCUUGGAGAGAAAGAAAGCGCAAAGGCGCCCGAGGCAGGCAGACCAAAAAUAGGAAGCACCCUUUGAUUGACCAUGGUAUCCUUUUGAGCUGACUGCUGGGGCUGGGGCAGGGUGACACAGUUUUGCUUUGGUUCAGCUUCUUUCUCCAAGGCUAGCCCCAAUCAGUAUUAAUAGCAGGGGUGGGCUGCUCCACGACCGCCCAGGUUCGGGCAAUCUUCUAGCAAAGUUUCUGUGCGGUUUGGCGGAUCUCCAAAUUCCACUCCUGGCUGGCUCUGCCCACCUCGCCUCACCCCUCCCCAGAGUCUACAUGGUUGCCAGAGUGACAAGCCUGCCUCUAGAGGAUCAAUUCUGCACAACAGAGCACAGCAAUGAGAGGGAAACAAAACCUCCAAUGAUCCUGAAUGUUUUCCUGAAGUAUUGCCAUGUAUGAAGCAAAGGAAAGACAGAAGUUUAUCAGUGAUGCUCAGUACCUAAGAGAGAUGCAGCACAAGAUGGAUUCAGAAUAUCAGGCUUGCCUGAGAAAACAAGACUACAUUAAAGACCAGUCUGAUAAAAAAAGAGAACAAAGCAGACAAGAACUGAGACAGAGAAGUGUAUCAUCUAUCUCUCCAGUACGCAGAUAUGAAAGGCCAUGGAUUUCAAGACUUCCUGUUAAUAGACAGACCCCGUCUGCUGAAAUUUCUGGAAGUGAUCCAAAAUCCAAUGUAAAAUCUCAUGGGAAUAAAUCAGAAGCUAAAUUUCCUGCCAUUGGCAAAACAUCUGUUAAACAGAAGCAAAAAUCAAGCUUAAACAUGAAAAAAAAUGAAAGAAGUGGGUCUGGCCCCAAAAAAGAUUUGCAAGGUUUCCCAAAGCCAAUUUUAUCAAGAAGACAACAAAUGAGCCAGAGAAAUGUGCUGGAAAAUCCAGACUCUGAAACUUUUAGAAAAGCAGAAGGAAAAGGAAGGAAAACGCCACUACUCCAGGGAAUAGCAAAGUUUGCUAGAGGAUCUGAAAAACAAAAUAUCACAGGGCAAAAAAAUGGUCCUAUUGAGAAGACAAAGAAAAAACCCCAAGAAAAAAAGAACAUAUUCCAGUCCUCUAAAUUAAACAUAAAUAGUAAACACCUAGACCAUGAUCUUAAGAAAGGAAAUAUUCUUACAGUAGGACAGCAGCCCUUAGCUAAUUCAGUGGAUUCUUCUAUACAGACUGCUAAUAAUUCUUCUUUAUCAAAUGAAUCAAGUAAUUCAAAUCUUCCACCCAUUAGAAAUACCCUUUUGAAAUCCAAAGAAGAUGAUUUUUACACAGCACUUGGCUCAAAUGUAGAAGCAUCUGUUGGAAUAAAUGAAGACACCAAAAACGAUAACUUAGAACAAGAACUUCUUUCAGUUGAUCUUAACAAACCUCCUCUUCUUGAUCAAAGUAGAGGUAGUACAAUAUCUUUAACACAAGUGGAACAACAUAAUUGUGAAACUGGAGUUGGGAGUGAUGGAAGUAGAGCUGAAUUUUCCCAUAGAUUUUUACGACAACAUGAUGUAAUAGUGGACUCAGCUAUUGAACCACAUUCAUUAGGACAAAGAAAAGUAAGAGAUCAAAAAAAAUCUUAUUCUCUUGAAGAAAAUCUUUUGGAAGAGGCUCAUAAAAAUGAAAGUGAUCAUUUGGAAUUUAAUACAAAAAUCCCACAAGCAGGAAGUACAGCAGCUGUUGAGGCUCCUGGUAAUUUAAAUCCUCCUGAAGACUGGCAAGGGAGCAAUGCGUAUGGCAGAGAAAGACAGAGUUUUGAGAGCAAUCAAAGAUGUUAUGCUGGUUUUAUUUCUGCUAGAUCAACAGUGCAAAGACCUUCUAUGCAUUCACUUAAUAUCCCAAGUACCUUAAUACAAACUGCAAACAGAAGUGACAUGGCAGGCAGUGUGGAUGUUGCAACGGGUCCUGUGCAAAUCACAGAACUGAAUGGAAAUCCAAGGCUAACUGCUCGCAGACAACUAUCUCCCAUAAGAAUCAGGGAUUCCUUUUCAGGUGCUGAAAGUUGCCAAUCUUCGUCAUCCACAGUCAGCCACUUUGAUGAUAGCAAUCUGCUUGAGGACAGUAUAAGCAAUGGUCUAAGUAGCAUAUCUCCAAGCAUUUCUUCUCAUGAUGAAGAUAACUUUCUGAAUUCCCACAGUUCCUCAUCAUCCACAGAUUCUUCUCCUCCAUCUCUUUUUCGGACAAACUUCACAGCACAUCUUCACAUGACUGGUCCUUUACCUGAUCAAGUUCCAAUUUUCCUGACAGUAUCUGAUUUGCGAAAUCAAAGCAACUAUAUAAGCAAUACUACUUCUUGUAAUUCAAUAAAUACCAAAGAGAUUAAUAAAGCUGAAACAGACCCUGAGAAGCUAAAAAAGUUGCAAGAGAGUCUCCUGGCAGAAGACCCUGAAGAGGAGGGAGAUCAGUGUAGGAUAUGCCAAAUUGCAGGAGGAUCUAUAACCAAUCCUUUGCUAGAACCUUGUGGAUGUGGAGGAAGUCUUCGAUUUGUCCAUGAGGAAUGUCUGAAGUCAUGGCUAAAAGCUAAAAUAAAAUCAGGUGCUGAACUUGGUGCAGUGAAAACCUGUGAACUCUGUAAACAGACACUCACUGUAGAUCUGGAUGAUUUUAAUGUGAAUGACUACUACAGGAAUCACCAACAGUCUCGGGCCCAGGAUGAGCUGAUGAACUCAGGCCUUUACCUUGUACUGCUGCUUCAUCUAUAUGAGCAAAGGUUUGCAGAACUCAUGAGAUUAAACUACAAUCAAGCCUCCAGAGAUAGG